UUCAACAACGAACAACAUGAGCUGCUUCUCCACUUCGAGAGGCCGCAGCCUCAGGACCCCAGGCAGAGAAAGUGUCUGUGAAAGACUAAGAAGAUGGCUGACUCCAUCCAGACACUGCAGACCACACUGCAGCAGCCACAUGACUGUCACAGACACCCCAGGGAAGGUCUCCCUGGGAGUGACCACAGUGACCUACCAAAAUCAAGGGGCUUUGCUGAUGUUCAAGAGCAUCCAUUCUUUCAAAAUGUUGACUGGGAUAUGAUGGAGCGAAAGCAGGUGAUACCUCCUUUUAAACCAAAUAUCUCUGAUGGAUUCGGUUUGGACAACUUUGAUCCUCAAUUUACUAAUGAACCUUUCCAGCUUACAAUGAUAAUGACAUCGUGAGGAAAGUUGAAGGAUAUGAAUUUGCAGGUUUUGAGUAUAUCCAUUGACUUAUAAUGUAUGAAGAAGAAUGGGUCUGAUCCUGAUUUUUCAACUAUGCAUUCUGCUUUUGCCAUUUAAUGCAUGGAAAAACUUAUUACCAUCCUGGAUAGAAUUAACCAUUUCAUAAUGUCUGGAAACUUAUUUUCAUUUCAUUUAUAUAGUAAUAUUUAGAUAUAA